UAUCAGCGGGAGACCACUGACAACCUACACAGACAAGAAAAGGCAACACAACUCCUCUUGGACCGGCUGCAGUCAUUUCAAGACGCUAUAUUAGACAGAUUUGAUCGCUUAGACCAACUUAACACAGAGCAUGGGAAUAAUUUUAGCGCCCUCCUGGCAAAGAUCGAAGCUAAGUCCGCACCCAAGGAACCACGGAAGUCGACAGUCCCGCAAUUAGCAAAGAAGGACUCGCUGGAUAUGCUGCAGGAACCUAAGGCCAAAGAUGAGAAUAAUGCUACAACUCAGGAGCAGAUACCGGAAUCGACUGAAGCAACCACUGAGCAAGUUGUACCGUCUGGCGAAGAUGGUGAGCUCUCAAUCCCUGUAGAGCAUACGACAGCAGCUCACAAGUUGCUGUUGUGGCCUUCUAUCCGGAAUCUACUUCGCCCAAGAGAAUAUGAUGAGGACUAUGUAAUGAAACUCGAAGAACAAAGGGGUCUUAUCCGUGUUUAUGGCCGUGGGGAGGGGGAUGAGACCAGUGAAGAUAAUAGCUUGUCAGCAGCGCCAACGAACUUAAGUACGAGCUUUGAUGAACACCAGUCAUACUACGCGGCAGCCUCCCCUAGUGGGCCUUGGGGUGUGGGCGCAAACCAGCCCCAGGUUAAACUUGCAAAUAAAGGGCUUGACGAAAAUGGCAUGCUCACUGCAGAUGCAGACGCCGUUCGCCGUUAUCAUAAAAGUUAUAUGAAGCAUAUGCACCAGCUUCACCCGUUCCUCGAUCAGGGUGACUUGGAGAAUAAGAUCGACAAGUUUAUCAGGAUGUACUGCCCACAAAAGAGCUCGGCACCACCCUCUGGAGCACCUAAUAACUACGCGAAUGAUUUACCUCGAGGCGCAAAACGAAAGCGUUCCUGCGAAAAUCUUCAAGGCGCGGGAUGCGACGUGCAAUCCCCUGCGGAACAAGGCGGCGGCCAGCGUAUUGAGAAAUCCAUUCACAAUGCGAUUAUUCUCAUGGUCCUCGCCCUUGGAAGUAUCUGCGAAGCCAAUCCUGUUCCGGGGCCGGUGACAGACUACCUUGUUGACUUUCGAAAAGAGAGAAUACCCGGCCCCUCUACGGGCAGUGUGCUAUCGCCCGCGGGGUCGGAUUCUGUUCCUCACACGCAAGGUAGUGGUUAUGCCACUAAUAAUCACAGCUUUACAUCCCCUUCAUUAACGGCUAACCGACGGAGUGGCGAAGGACAUCUAAGAUCUCAAGACAACCAAAACCUCAAAAACCUUGAUGUUAUCCCUGGCCUGGCCUUUUAUGCGUACGCUACUCAGAUUCUCGGAAGCCUGCAAGGAGCAAAUGGCCUGCCACACGUCCAGGCAGCCUUGUUAGCAGGACUUUAUGCAGGCCAAUUGGCGCAUCCCUUCCAAAGCCACGGGUGGAUUUACCAAGCCGCCAGAGCUUGCCAAGUCCUGGUUCGGUCAAAGCGUUACACGCAAAUGCCUGAUGGCCCUGUCAAAGACCUUUAUGAUUUUGCGUAUUGGACAUGUCUGCAACUGGAGAGCGAUAUACUAGCAGAACUUGAUCUUCCUGCCAGCGGCAUAUCACGAUCAGAAGCUCGUAUUUCUCUACCGAAGGGACGGUUCACUCUAAACCUCCCCAAUGAAAUUUCUGCCCCAAGUACUAUGAUGAUGUUCUUUUACUCAGCUCAAAUCCAUCUCAGGAAGGUCCUAAACCGUGUCCACACGGAUCUAUACAAAGUUGAGAAGCAAGGUUCAACCCAUUGGUCAUCGCACGUCCAAGAGAUUUUGAGCAUGAACCUUGAGUUGUGGCGAAACAGUCUUCCUCAAGUGAUGAAGUGGAAAGACACCGAUCCACCAUCAGAGGAAAUCAAUGUCGCUCGGAUGCGAGCCAAGUACUAUGGUGCACGUUACAUCAUUCAUCGUCCUUUACUCUACCAUGCCCUUCACUACUAUGGACAAAUAGAUCUUCGCGCUUCGUCGGAUGGCCCCCCUACUGAGGCUACUAUUAUGACUACUUCUAAAUCCCAGCAGGUAUCUCCUUCACUAAACCAUGGGCAGAGUGCUACAAACAUGGCACGGCUGUCAAGCGACAUAGGCUCUUCAUCUGGGUUCACUGGAAUUGCGCAUCGCGACCUACCCACAAAGCUACGAAGAGCUUGUAAAGUUUGCAUUGAUUCGGCUAUGUUGAGCACGGUGGCCUUUGAUGGUAUCAAGGGUCGUCCGGUUGUGACCAAUAUCUUCGGUACCGCCCAUGCACAAUUUGGUAACAUGUUAGUAUUGUCCGCCACAUACAUGUCUAGCCUCUCUGAACUAGUGGACCGAAAUGAACUCGAGAGGCUCCUUAGGCGGACGAUCAACUUCCUUUUGCAGAGUCGUUAUAUCUCUCCUAGUUUGCGAGCUGAUGCACGAAUUCUUACCGAAAUAUACGAGAAAUUAUUUGGAAGUCCCUCAGAGUGGAGGGACGCAAAUGAUUAAGUUGGGCGGCUUGAUCUAUUCCAACUACUUGGUCGGCUACAUUGCUCUUACUCACCUCAUGGAUGAGUACGUGCGGAUUGAGCGACACCACCAGGU